CUUAACACCAACUAAUCCUUUUUUUUUUCUUACAAAAAAAUAUAGCUAAUCAACAGGGUUAUUGUUUUUCAGGAAAUUUAUAGUACACUGUUGCAUGGACCGGAGAGAAAACUCGGCUAAAGCUUGGUCCUCAUGAACCCGAAAAGUAGAAAUAAUCUCAACCGUUCAGUCAUCGGUCAUCAUGGUUUGGUCCAACGGCUACUCCUCCUCUUUUUUCUACUCUUCUCCGGCCAAGCUUCAGCUCAAGCCACUCACGGCGGUUCAGAUAUGUACGGAGAAAGCUCACGGUUCGACCCAACCAUGGCGAUACUAAUGAUCGUCCUGGUCAGCGUUUUCUUCGCUCUCGGGUUUUUCUCCGUCUAUAUCCGUAGGUGUCUCGAGCGAGUCAUGGGGAUGAACCAUGAACACCCUGCCGACGUCGGAGGAAACUGGCUUUCCCUGACACGUCAGCAAGCGCGUGGCCUUGACGCAUCGGUCAUCGAGACUUUUCCGACGUUCCGUUACUCAACCGUGAAGACGCUCAGGAUCGGCAAAGAAGCGCUCGAGUGUCCUGUCUGCUUGAACGAGUUCGAGGACAACGAAACGCUGCGUUUGAUUCCUAAAUGCUGCCACGUGUUUCAUCCUAGUUGCAUAGACGCUUGGCUCCGGUCUCACGCCACGUGUCCUCUCUGCCGAGCCAAUCUCGUCCCCGUACCGGGCGAAUCCGUUGCUUCCAUCCAGAUACCCGGUUUAGUCGACGUGGCUCCGCGCUCUGAUUUAACCGGUGAUCGGGUUACGGUUUUGGGAUCUCCGGAUGCAAGGUUGAUCGACUCGGUGGCGUUGACUUGUAACCAGAGUAUGCCACGUAGGUCUAUGUCUACCGGAUGGAAUUUAGCCGGAAUUUUCACUAAUUCUGAUUGGACCGGUCAUCAUGCGGAGAAUCUUGACCGGUUCACGCUUAGGUUACCGCAAGAUAUCCACAAUAAGCUUGUGAACCGCAACAUUUCAAAAGGCCAGGUGGCGUUACCUCAGGUGAUGAGUUCGGCGAGAGGGUACAGAAUCGGAAGCCUAGAGACUGAUCGAAACUAUUUCUACUAUGAACGGUUUGACCAAGUUGGCCGGUUAGACCGUAGACCAUUCUCCAUAACUCCUCCGUACCGGACAGGUUCGAUCAAUACGUCUCCAGGUCAUGAUCAGGUGCGUGCUGGUACACCCAAGGGUUUAUUAUUAGCGAUGAGAUCACCGUUUGAUCGGUUGUUUGUUGCAAAAAACAACGUCGGUGAACGUUCGUCGGACCACCUUCGCUCCGGUGAUGCUAGUAGCCCUGUGUAGACCAAGUUGUGUUAUUGGUUUAUCGAGCAAGUCUCUCUGUAAAUAAUUUACUUUCUUGCAUUCUUCAUUUUCAAUUUUAUUGUUACGGAACAUACGAGGUCCGGUCUUUGUUUUUCCGUGGUCUAUUGUUUUAACUUGUAAAAGAAAAACUCAAUUCGUCAAGAGAAUACAAAACACAAGACAGAACCUGUGGUCUAUCUUGAUAAGUUUGUAAGGAUCUAA